AUGAUCUGCCAGGAACGGAAGGUGCUGGUGUCCCCACAGCCCUGUGAUUCCAUCAGUCCCAUCUUCUUUCCUUCCUUUCUUCUGUCCCUUCAUCCCCAUCAGCUAGUUCUUCUGGAGCUCAACUUCCUGCCAACCACAGGGACCAAGCUGACCAAACAGCAACUCAUUCUGGCCCGUGACAUACUGGAGAUCGGGGCUCAGUGGAGCAUCUUGCGAAAGGACAUCCCCUCCUUCGAGCGCUACAUGGCCCAACUCAAAUGCUAUUACUUUGAUUACAAAGAGCAACUCCCAGAGUCGGCCUGCAUGCACCAGCUCUUGGGCCUGAACCUCCUCUUCCUGCUGUCCCAGAACCGAGUGGCUGAGUUCCACACAGAGUUGGAGCGGCUGCCUGCCAAGGACAUCCAGACCAAUGUUUACAUCAAGCACCCUGUGUCUCUCGAGCAAUACCUGAUGGAAGGCAGCUACAACAAGGUGUUCCUGGCCAAGGGUAACAUCCCCGCCGAGAGCUAUACCUUCUUCAUCGAUAUCUUGCUUGACACUAUCAGGGAUGAGAUUGCUGGGUGCAUUGAGAAGGCCUAUGAGAAAAUCCUUUUCACCGAGGCCACCCGGAUCCUUUUCUUCAACACACCCAAAAAGAUGACAGACUACGCCAAGAAGCGAGGGUGGGUCCUGGGCCCCAGCAACUACUACAGUUUUGCCAGCCAGCAACAGAAGCCAGAAGACACCACCAUUCCCUCUACGGAACUGGCCAAACAGGUCAUCGAGUAUGCCCGGCAGCUGGAGAUGAUCGUCUGAGCCACCAGGCACUGGGGUGGGGCAGGGCAUGCGUUAUUUAAAACAGUCACAGUGCCGGGGUUCCUCCAAUAAAGGUGGAUUGCCAUUGUCUCUUCCAGGCCUUGUCUCCCCCAGUUGGGAUGGCGGGAGACAAGCUCUUAUCUCUGAAGAACUUAGUCGUUUGGGGCCCUCAGGGGUUGGAGGUAACACCCCUCAGCUGUGUCAGUCUUUGUCCAGUGGCUGUUGCUCAGGGUCUCAACACAGAUACCCACUGGAGGACCCAGGCCCCAGGUAGAGGGACUGUCCAGCCAGCUGUGGAAUGUUGGGCCAAGGUACCAGACUUUUUUGAUAAAGGGGUGAAGUGGCCUAUUUUUUUUAUGUUUUGGCAAUGAAUUAAACAACUUUUAAAAUGA